CUACUGAAUUAUAACAUUUUUGGUUUUGCAGGUUACUUUAUCCAAAGCUCAAAUUUGUUCUUAAUAUUUGUCUUCAAGUGGGCAUGAGAUUGAGAACCAAAUUUUACAGGAAUAUUCUUGCAAUCCAAUCAACGAUGGGAGAUUGUUUCAGCUGUACAAUAUUCACGAAAUAGAAUUUGUUUGCAGACCCUGUUUGUCAUUAAUUGCAGUACCACAUGGUGUUUAUUAUUGGUUUUCUUGGUGCUGAAAAUUUGAUAAUCAGAGUGCAAUAUAUUUAUAUCAUCUGGUAUGGUACAUAUUUGUAUCGAAUAUUACUUUGGGUUUAUAUUAUGUUAUAUUAACUUGUCUUUAUGGAGAUAUCCUAGUGGUGAAAUUCAUUAUCUCUCAUAUAUCUUAUUAUAUAAACAUAUAUAUAUAUAUAUACACGCAUAUCUAGGAUCAUAUUUGAUUUUUUGUGAACUAUCACACUAACAUAUAAUAAGAGAUAUAGUGACCUGAAAAAUGUUGAAAACAUCUGCAUCCUAAUUAGGUUUUCUAGUUUUAAAUUAUUAAUUAAAAUUUGGCUUGCAAAACUUGUCUUGAAACGAUGUCUCCCACUAUAAACUGGGAAAUAUUUUUAGUAGAAACAGUUCGCUAGAUAAUCAGUUUCCUAUUACCAAUAGCUUCUAACCCAAAUAUAUUUUCAGUUAAAUUGAGCACAAAAGGAAAUGGAAAACAAGGAGUGUAAAAGAUGGGAGUACAUACAUACAGAAUGCAGUUGCCAAAUUAAAAAAUGAAGCAUUGGAAUUACAGAUCAUAGUAUUAUAUUUAUAUUAAUUUUCAAUAGUAAAACGCAAUAUGGACUCUAGUACUCUGUUACUACCUCAAAGUGGAAGAACUACAAAAAAUAAAAAAUAAAUAAAUAAAAAGUAUAGAAUUCCAUUGCCAGUGCAAGUUGAUGAUUUUGGAAUAUACCUUCAGCAGGAGGAAUUCUGGGGGCUCCUUUUAAUGGGUAACAACAUCUAUCCAGAGCUACAAUGCACUUAUUUUUUAAUUUUUAAAUUUUUUUUAAUUUUUUUUUCACUUUGCAUAUUUUUAACUAGUGGUAAAUUUCCUUUGUACUUGAAUUGUACAAAACUAGCUAGACAACAAUUUUUUUUUAAAAAAAAUAAUAUUUUUUAAAUCCCAAGUUGGAAUAUGCCUCCUUUUUCCCCUCUAUAAAUAAGAGGUCCCGGUAGCCCCUCCAAAAGCAUCAUCUUACUAGCCAUUUUCUCCAAUUACACUUUCGCUGUUUUUUCUCUUCAGUUCAUGCAAACUUGUCUUGCAUCAAUAUUCAUUCAGUAUUCAUGGAGAUGGGGUCUGCAAAUCAUGAAAAAGCGGGUCUCUUCGCUCGCGGUUGGUGGUGGCUCAAGAUGUUGCCUGAGAAGUUCAAAGACAAGGUUACUGAAAUUGCAAGCAAUACAAAAAAGCUUGGUCAAGAUGACCCAAGAAGAGUUAUUCACUCUCUUAAAGUAGGACUAGCACUCACCUUGGUCUCAUUAUUCUAUUACUACCAGCCACUUUACAACAACUUUGGUGUUUCUGCAAUGUGGGCUGUUAUGACUGUGGUGGUUGUCUUUGAAUUCACUGUAGGAGCAACACUUGGAAAAGGUGUGAAUAGAGGGCUGGCAACAUUGUUAGCUGGUGCUCUAGGUGUUGGAGCUCAUCACUUAGCAAGCCUAUCUGGUCAGAUAGGAGAGCCAAUAUUGCUUGGUUUCUUCGUCUUCCUACAAGCAACCACAUCAACAUUCAUACGAUUUUUUCCAAAAAUCAAAGCAAGAUAUGACUAUGGAUUGUUGAUCUUCAUACUGACAUUCGCUUUGGUUUCUGUCUCUGGUUAUCGAGACGAUGAGAUAUUGGAGUUGGCUCAUAAGAGACUAUCAACCAUCCUCAUUGGUGGCUCUGCUUGUGUUGUUUUAUCCAUUUUGGUUUGUCCUGUCUGGGCUGGUGCUGAUCUUCACAGUCUCAUUGCUCUCAACAUUGAAAAGCUCGGAAAUUUCUUAGAAGGAUUUGGAAGUGAAUACUUUAACAAAUCAGAGGAUGACCAAGAGGCCAAAGAUGACAAGGCAUUUCUUCAAGGAUAUAAAAGUGUUCUGAAUUCAAAGGCUGCUGAAGAAUCCUUGGCAAAUUUCGCAAGAUGGGAACCAGGUCAUGGUCGUUUCCAGUUUCGUCAUCCUUGGAUUCAAUACCUUAAAGUUGGAACUCUAACUCGCCAAUGUGCUUACAGGAUUGAAGCUCUUCAUAGCCGCCUCAAUUCCGAUACCCAAGUAUUACCAGAAGUUAGAGAAAAAAUCCAAGAAACAUGCACAAAAAUGAGCACGGAAUGUGGUAAAGCACUCAAGGACUUAGCAACUGCAAUUAGAACGAUGACUAAACCAUCCUCUGCUGAUUCCCAUGUUGCAAACUCAACAGCUGCAGCUAAGUCCCUCAGAACCUUACUCAAAUCUGGGAUUUGGGAGGAUGCUGAUCUUCUACAAGUCAUACCUGCUGUGACUGUAGCUUCCCUCCUGCUUGAUGUCGUGAAUUGCACCGAAAAAAUAGCUGAAUCUGUUCAUGAAUUGGCUUCUCUUGCUCAUUUUGAGACAGUUUCUUCACCUAUAGUACCUGAAGAAAAACCACAGCAGCCAAACACUGCUUCUGAUUGCCCACAUGUUGUUGUUACAUUAACAGAGAUGCCAUCAGUUUUAGCAGAAAAUAAGAACAUGACCUCGGAAUCUGCUAUGAGGGGUCGAUACAUAGAAGUAAUGUAAAUAUACAUAUAUAAUAUGUUACCAACAGAAAUAACAUAACGAUGACAUUAUACCCACUUAAUUAUUAUAAAGUCUGGGUAUAUGGAGUUAGAGUUUAUGACAAAAUUAGAAAAAUUUGAAAGAGGGUUUAAUUUCCUCUAACAAAUUAUGUACCUUUUUGGCUUUUUAUUAAACUUUGGAAUAAAUUCUCUACUUACA